AUGCUUACUCUCAACAUUGACUGGUUCCAACCUUUUAAUGGGGUUACUUACUCUUGUGGCGCCAUUUACCUCUCAAUCAACAAUCUUCCAAGAGAAGAGAGGUAUAAGAAGGAGAACGUAAUUCUUGCUGGCCUCAUGCCAGGGCCUAAAGAAGCCAAGACAAGAGCUUGUGUUUGCACUGCUCUGUUUCUUGUUGCCUGUGAUAUUCCUGCUGCCCACAAGACAUGUGGGUUUAUAUUACACACCAGUGUCAAUGCAUGCCAUAUAUGCAACUGUAAGUUCACUCGCCUUCCCAACAACAGAGACAUGCAUUAUUUAGGAUUUGUCUUCUCUGACUGGGUGGCUCGAACUGAGCAAGAGAACCAGUGA